AUGGCACCAGGUCUUUACAACGGUCUAGGGCAACUUUCGUCUUACAGGGGCGGGUACCAUGCCGGCAACUCGUAUCACAAACAUCAGAAGAAUGGAACGGUACCGUAUGCAAUUGACACGAUUCCUCGUGCGAUACCGCCACCGAAAGAACCGAUCGAUGACAGUGAAGGACACUUCAUCGUGCGGGAAGGUGAUUACGUCACCGAAAGGUAUCGCAUAUCCUCUCUACUCGGUCAAGGCACAUUCGGUAAAGUGGUGAAAUGUCAAGACUUAAGUGGGUCAGGUGAAGUGGCUAUAAAGAUUAUCCGAGCAGUACAAAAAUAUACAGAUGCGGCCCAAAUCGAAAUCAGGGUUCUAAGAACCCUGCGGGAUCACGACCCCACAAACAAAUACAAGUGCAUCCAUUUACUGAAUACAUUCAGUUACAGGAACCAUGUUUGUAUUGUGUCGGAACUUCUAGGUCAAAGUGUUUUUGACUUUUUGAAGGAUAAUGACUUCAACCCGUUCCCGCCACUGCAUAUAUGGCACUUUGCGAAGCAGCUUCUUCGAAGCGUUGCGUUCCUGCAUAGUCUAGGGUUGGUUCACACGGACUUAAAACCGGAGAAUAUUCUAUUGGUCAACGGGAAAUUCUCACUCGUUCCAAUCACAUGGCGGCCCAAUUCCCGCAAAAAGAGGGUUCUCCAGGAUUGUGACAUUCGGCUAAUUGAUUUCGGGAGCGCUACGUUCAACGACGAGUAUCACUCGCAAGUUGUUUCUACUAGGCAUUACCGUGCCCCAGAGAUCAUUCUGCAGAUGGGAUGGUCGUAUCCAUGCGAUGCAUGGUCGAUCGGUUGCAUUCUAAUCGAAUUCUACACGGGGGAAGCACUCUUUCAAACUCACGACAAUCUUGAACAUCUAGCAAUGAUGGAAGCAGUUCUCGGCCCGAUGCCGGAUGAUUUCCGCCGUAAGGCCGAAACCUAUCGACCAACGUAUUUCAAGUCGGGAAGGUUGGAUUUCCCGAACAGUACAACGAAUCGUCAGAGUCGAAAAUUCGUUAAGGCCAUGAAAGCGCUUGAUGAUACCGUUGUUUCUCAGCAGGGGUUCUCAAAGCACGAUAAGUACUUUAAGAGUUUACUGAAGAAACUGUUGACCUUUGAUCCCAAUCAACGGAUAAGGGUUAGUGAUGCGCUUAAACAUCCAUACUUCUCGUUGGAAAGUCACGAGAUUCCUCAGUAA